AUGGUAAUGUACAUAUCAUGUCAUUAUAUGGGCUCAUAUAUUAUAUUGAAAAUUCCAGGUAUUUGUAAUGAUUGUAUGGUAUAUACCAAAUGCAAGGCGGCAUUUGAUCACGCGACCUUAAAGCGAGACAGAGAAACAAUGCAAAUGUUUUCCACAGCUUUUUGCGGCAUGGGAUAUGAAAAUGGCGAAAGGAUACAUAAGGUAUGCUGUUCCGUUUUUCCACCUCUUAAUACGAUGCCUUCGUUAGACAGCAGAAGCGGAAUAAGUAAAGAUCACCUUCUACCAGAAAUGUGUGGAAGUAUUUUGGGAAAUCGUAUCUUUGGAGGCAAAUACGCUAAACUCUACGAAUUCCCUUGGAUGGCCCUUAUCUCUUAUAAUAGAAGGUAUGGUCCGCAAUUCGAAUGUGCAGGGACGAUUAUUAACUCAAAAUACAUCUUGACUGCUGCUCACUGCGUGGUCAACAAAAAUAUUCGAGAUGUGAGGAUAGGAGAAUUCGAUGUCAGUACGGAUAUGGACUGCGAGUAUGAAGCUGGAGUAUACCCUAACUGUGAGAACCAUAUUCAGAACAUGCGCGUUGAAAUGGCAAUACCCCAUAGCGAAUAUCGCCGGAUGCCACCGACUAAUGACAUUGCUUUGCUGAGAAUGCAGGGCGAGAUCGACUUUAGUCAUUCUAACGUUGAACCAAUUUGUCUUCCAAUAACACCUGAACUUAAAAAUAAGGUUUUGGACUUUAAGACUGGUACCGUGGCUGGAUGGGGAGUGACUGAAACGGGCACACAGGCGACAAAACUGAUGAAAGUCGAUUUUCCUGUAAAAUCCAACUCAGAUUGCAAGAUGUACUUUAGAAAUUUGCUAAACCAAAGAUUUAAUGAAUCCAUGAAAACUAUGAAGAAUCAGUUUUGUGGAGGGGAAUUCGGGAAAGACUCGUGCAGUGGAGACUCUGGUGGUCCGUUUAUGAUUAAAGACUUCUAUAAAGACGUGAGCCGCUAUGUCCAAUAUGGAAUCGUGUCUCAUGGACCUAAGAGAUGCGGUUCUGAUACACCAGGCUUUUACACUGAUGUAACGAAAUAUAUAAAUUGGAUAUUGGACAAUAUUACAGAUUAG